GUGUUACAGCCUCUGACUGAAGACACUGUUUUUCUAUGAUAGUCUCAUGAAGAGGAUGCUCAUGGUGACAACUUGAAAGUAAGGCAUAAAUUCGCCUAGCUGCAGAUGUCAAACCUCAAAAGCAGAAUCCCAGGAGGAUCAGGGUAAAAGACUGGAGAAUUCAGUGUAACAUCUUCAAAGCUUUAGAAGAGGUGAAGGAGACGGCCUUGGAAAACCACAGGAUGCUGCGAGUCAUUCUGAUCCGACUUACAGCCACUGAUGCUCCUGAAGAGAUGGAUUCACUGGAUGAGCUCAACCUUCCAUCCUGCACCGUUGAAAAAUUAGAAGUCCUGGCCCAAAAACUAGAUUUAGGAGCUGUUCAGAUAUAAAUAUGUUAUUUUCUCAGCUGGAUCUCUGAGGGACCUGAUUGGCUGUCUGCAACAUCCAUCCAUCCAUCUUCUUCCGCUUAUCCGGGGUCGGGUCGCGGGGGUAGCAGCUUCAUCCUGACCAGAUGCCCGAGCCACCUCAACUGGCUCCUCUUGACAUGGAGGAGCAGCGGCUCUACUCUGAGUCCCUCCCAGAUGACUGAGCUUCUCACCCUAUCUCUAAGGGAGAGCCCAGACACCCUACAGAGAAAACCCAUUUCGGCCGCUUGUAUCCACGGGUUUGUGGUGUCUGCAACAUUUUAUCUAAAAUCCCCUCAAACCGGUAAGAAGAGCAGUAGAGCGAACGGGAUGGAGAGAGAAGUCUUUCUGCUCUCCAGCACUUGGUGACUGAAUUUAAGGCUGUACCAAAGAACCAAGGUCAGAAUCAGAACACUUUUAAGGCUCAACGUUGUCUGCUGUGGAAGUCAGACGACUUUGGGGAGACGUGGGUGUUGAUCCAGGAACAUGUGAAGACCUACUUUUGGGGUGUGGAGCCCUACGACCCCUCCACCACGGUGCUGGUCCAGAGACACGAGCCGCAAGGCGUCUCCACUGUACUAAGUAGCACCGAUUUCUUCCAGAGUGAACAGAACCGGAAAGUGAUCCUGGAGCAGGUGGACAGCUUCCAGCUGAGAGACAAGUACAUGUUCGCUACAACCACACGGAGAUUGCUGGGCAGCCACAACCCAUCAUCUGUUCAGCUCUGGGUCUCCUACAACCGCCAGCCGAUGAAAGCUGCCCAGUUCAUGACCCGGCAUCCAAUCACAGAGUACUACAUUGCGGAUGCAUCAGAGGACCAGGUGUUUGUUUGUGUGAACCACACAAACAAUGCCACACACCUGUACAUCUCAGACACACAGGGCCUGUCCUUCUCUCUGUCACUUGAGAAUGUGCUCUACUACAGUCCUGGGGGCUCAGGCAGCAACACACUCAUCCGGUACUUUGCCAACGAGCCGUUUGCAGACGUGCAUCGGGUGGAGGGACUCCGGGGCGUUUUCAUCACCACGCUCAUCAACGGCUCGGUCAGCGAGGACAACAUGCGCUCGGUCAUCACAUUUGACAAGGGGGGGACGUGGGAGCUGCUGCAGGCACCUACUGCUGACAGCCUGGGCGGAACGGUGGACUGCCAGCUCAGUAAAGGUUGCUCUCUCCACUUGGCCCAGAGGUGGAGCCAGCUGUUUAACAUCCAGUUGAGGAGGAUGUCCAUUCUAUCCAAAGAGUCGGCUCCAGGACUCAUCAUGGCCACAGGAUCUGUUGGCAGGAAUCUGGCCAACAAGCCCAAUGUGUACAUAUCAAGCAGUGCUGGAGCCCGGUGGAAAGAGGCUCUGGCAGGCCCUCACUUUUACACUUGGGGUGACCAUGGUGGUAUCCUGAUGGCCAUCAUACAGGGAGGCUCCACCAAACAUCUGAAGUUCAGCACCAAUGAAGGCGAGACAUGGACUGAAUUUAAGUUCUCAGACAAGGAGGUGUACGUGUACCAGCUGCUGACAGAGCCAGGGGAGAAAAGCACCAUCUUCACCAUCUUUGGCUCGUAUGCUGAGCAGAGACACAGCUGGCUCAUCCUGCAGGUCAACACUUCCGAUGUUCUGGGUGUUCCGUGUUCUGAGGCCGAUUACAAGCGCUGGUCUCCAUCAGACGAGCAUGGUAACGAGUGUCUGCUGGGCAGGGAGGUGACCUUCAAGAGAAGAGCUCCUCACGCCACAUGCUUCAAUGGGGAAGACUUUGACAGGCCUGUCACCAUCUCCAACUGUUCCUGCACCCGCCAGGAUUAUGAAUGUGACUAUGGCUUUAAGCUGAGUGAGGACUUGUCUCUUCAAGUAUGUGUACCUGACCCGGAGUUCCUGGGAGACCUCUAUGCUCCUCCAGUUCCUUGUCCCAUUGGUACCAGCUACCGCCGCAGCAAAGGCUACAGGAAAGUACCGGGGGACAGCUGCAGUGGGGGAGACGUUGAGGCCAGGCUGGACGGAGAGAUGCUGCCCUGUCCUGUUGGAGAGAGUAAUGAGUUUAUCCUGUAUGCUGUGAGGAACUCCAUCCACCGCUACGACCUGGCCACCGGCGCCGACCAGCCUCUGCCACUGGUUGGCCUUAGGGAAGCCGUGGCACUGGACUUUGACUAUGACAGGAACUGCCUGUACUGGGCGGACAUCUCGCUGGACACCAUCCAGCGUCUGUGUUUGAACGGCAGCACAGGUCAGGAGGUCAUUGUGAGGAAAGAUCUGCAGAAUGUGGAGGCUCUGACCUUUGACCCCAUCAGCAGGCUGCUGUACUGGGUCGAUGCAGGAGCCCAGAAGAUUGAGGUUUCUAAUCCUGACGGAGACCUGCGUCACACUUUGCUUAACUCCUCCGUCCUCGAACACCCCCGAGCUCUGGUCCUGCUGCCUGCAGAAAGUAUGAUGUUCUGGACUGACUGGGGAGACCGGGCAGCCGGCAUCUACCGGGGCUACAUGGAUGGAAGCAAUGUGUCCUGCAUCGUGGCAGAAGGAGUCCGCUGGCCCAACGGGAUCACCGCAGACGACCGGUGGCUGUACUGGACCGAGGCGUUCAGCGACCGCAUCGAAAGGGCAGACUUCACCGGGGGACAGAGAAGCAUUCUGAUGGAGGGACUGCCCCAUCCGUACGCCAUUGCUGUCUUCAAGAAUGAUCUGUACUGGGACGACUGGUCAAGAAUGGGAAUCUUCAAAGCUCCAAAAGCUGGAUCUCAGAACAAUGAGCUGAUUGUUGGCAGAUUAACUGGAGUCAUGGACCUCAAGAUUUUCUAUAAGGGGAAAAACAGGGGGCAUAAUGCCUGUACCUACCAGCCAUGCAGUUUGCUGUGUCUCCCACAACCUAGCCACAAACACACCUGUGUUUGUCCGGAGGGUGCACCGACCCUGACCAUACCCAAUGGAGAGCUGCAGUGCCAGUGUCCCCCUGGUUACCAGCUCCAAAACAACACCUGCACCAAAACCGAGCACAGCUGCUUGCCCAAUCAGUACCGCUGUACCAACGGACGCUGCAUCAGCAGUAUCUGGAAAUGCGACAGCGACAAUGACUGCGGAGACAUGAGCGAUGAGCAGGAGUGUCCCACUACAACUUGUGAUCCAUCCAACCAGUUUCGCUGCAUAGCCUCAGGCUCGUGCAUCCCACUGGCCUUUAAAUGUGACCAUGAAGACGAUUGUGGUGACAACAGUGAUGAGGAGCACUGUGAGUCUCACCAGUGCGGCCCCGGAGAGUUCACAUGUGCACAAGGCGUUUGCAUCCGUGAGGUGUGGCGCUGCGACGGGGACAACGACUGCAGAGACUGGUCAGAUGAAGCCAACUGCACAGUGGGUCACCAUACGUGUGAACCGAGCAGCUUCCAGUGUCACACAGGUCACUGUAUACCACUGCGUUGGAAGUGUGACGGAGAUGAUGACUGUCAGGACAACUCGGAUGAAGAUCCUCAGUAUUGUGAGGGAACCCAGUGUAAAGGUUUCCUGUGCUCCAAUGACACCUGCCUUCCAGCCAAAGCUCACUGCAACGGGAACCACGACUGUCCUGACGGUGCUGAUGAGCUCAACUGUGAUCCCCUUUGUACUCGGUACAUGGAGUUUGUUUGCAAGAACCGUGCUCAGUGCCUGUUUCAGUCUCUGGUGUGUGACGGUAUUAAACACUGUGAGGACGGCUCUGAUGAGGAGGCUGCAUAUGCUGGAUGUGCUACACCAUCUGAGUUUGGCAAAGUGUGUGAUGCCUACACAUUCCAGUGUGCCAACGGAGUGUGUGUGAGCCUGGAGUGGAAAUGUGAUGGUAUGGACGACUGUGGGGAUUAUUCUGAUGAAGCCAACUGUGCUCACACUCCUGAGGUGCCAGGCUGCUCCAGAUUCUUCCAGUUUGAAUGCGGAAAUGGGCGCUGCAUCCCUACCUGGUGGAAAUGUGAUGGAGAGAAUGACUGUGGUGAUUGGUCAGAUGAGGCACAAUGUACAGGGGGCGUUACUCCCCAUGCUGUUACAUUUGGUCCCGUCACAUGUGUGCCCAACCGCUUUCAGUGUGGCUCUGGAGCCUGCAUCAUCAACACCUGGGUCUGCGAUGGCUACGCUGACUGUCCUGAUGGCAGUGAUGAGCUUGGAUGUCCCACAGCAGUUAAUAGCUCCAUGGCCCCGGCCCCUCCUUUAUCUCCUGGACGCUGCACUCAGCAUCAGUUCCAGUGUCACCGUCCCCCCCACUGCAUCCAGGAGUGGCUGCGCUGUGACGGACACCCACACUGUGAGGACAGCUCAGAUGAAGCCAACUGCCCCACACGGCAGUCUCUGCUCUGCACCAACGGGACUCGCUGUUCUGACGGUGAGCUUUGCGUGUUGGAUAGCGAGCGCUGUGACGGCUACCUGGACUGUUCAGACCACAGCGACGAAGAAAACUGCACCAUGGACACACUUGCCUACAAAGUCCAGAACCUCCAGUGGACCCCAGACUUCUCUGGAGCCAUCACUCUGAUCUGGUCCCGUCCCAAGAACCUCCCCUCGAACUCCUGCUACUUCCUUGUACACUACAGGCUGGUGGGAACGCAGGAGUGGACCAAUAUGGACACCCACAGCAACAAAACCAGCUACAGACUGACUGUACUGAAACCAGACACCACCUACCAGGUGAAGGUUCUCACUCAGUGCCUAAACAAGCUGCACAAGACCAAUGAGGUCAUCACCAUCAGGACACCAGAGGGAUUUCCUGACCCCCCCAGGAACCUGCAGCUGACUUGUGACAGUAAUGAGGAUGGUACAGUAAAGGUUUCCUGGAGCCCUCCUGACAACAGGCACGGUCUUAUCAGAGAGUACAUUGUUGAUUACAGUGAGGACAAGGUUCCUGACUGGACAUCACAAAGAUCCACCAAGAACAUUACUGAGGUGAAAGCGUUGCAGCCUGACAUGCUGUACAGAUUCAGGGUGGCUGCAGUGACCAGUCGAGGUGUUGGAAACUGGACUGAGAUUAAGUCCAUCACUCCCCAGAAAGCUCUGCCUCCUCCUGUAGUGAAAGCUACCAAUAUCUCCUCUGACUCCAUGUCAUUCAGCCUCAGCUUCCAGUCUGAAACCAAAUAUUACAUUGUAAUCCUGCACUGGCAGUUCGACUCUCAUGUGAAAGAGAGCCACAUGUACAACAUCACCCACGGAGAGUUUAAAGCCACAAACCUGACAGCGGGGACGGUGUAUGAAGUGGCUGUGUGGGCUCACACCAGUAUAGGAGACAGCCCCACCGCUUUGUCACACUACCAGACCCGUGGCACCCAGCCAGAGCGCCCUCUCCUCAAAGCCAAGGCUCUUAACCAGACGGCGGUGGAGUGCAGCAUCAGCAUUGACUCCGCUCCACUGGUUUAUGGUGUGUUUUAUGCCACCUCUUUCCUGGAUCUGUACCGCAGUCCUCAUCAGGUCCAAAGCACAUCCCUCACCCUCUCUGUGACUGUGGACAGCGGUGAGCAGUAUCUCUUCCUGGCUCGGGUUGUCUCUCCCUUCCUGGGUCCUCCCUCUGACUAUGCUGUGGUGAAAAUGAUCCCUGACGAGAGGCUGCCUCCGCGGAACUUCCAUCAUGUGCUUGUGGACAAGACACAGGCCACGCUGAAAUGGCAGCCACCCUACGACACGCCAGAUGCCCCUCUGACAUAUGUGAUUCACGUAAAAGAUAUAAUCCGGAAAGGGGAGAGGGACUACAAGCUGACCACCCAGAACAACACGGUGGAGUACCUGCUGAGAGGCCUGGAGUCAGGAGGAAGGUACAGCGUCUCCGUCCGCCUUCGCAACAUGACCAAGGAGGCCAGCUUCACCCUCAACACAGUUCCUUUGCCUGCUCCAGAAGCCUUGAAAAUUCUGACAGAAAAUGACCACGUGUUCCUCUUCUGGAAGAGCCUUGCAGUCCGAGAGAAGGGCUUCAAUGAGAGCAGGGGAUAUGAGGUCCAUGUGUUUGACAGUGUGACCAACCGGACAGUUUAUCUAGGAAACACCACAGAGACUUACUUCCGCAUCAGCAGUCUGCUGGUGGGACACAACUACACAUUCUCGGUGCAGGCCAGAUGCCUGCUGGGUGGCCAGCUGUGUGGGGAACCUGCACUCUUGCUCUACAACCAACAGACAGGGAGCAGCGAUACAUCCCGCAGCGAGAACCAUUCCACAGAUAUGGCAUCAGUGGUGGUUCCCGUCCUCUUUCUGCUGGUGGUGGUGGUGGGCAGCGGCCUAGUGGCGCUCUACAUACGACACCGCCGGCUGCAGAACAACUUCACUGCCUUUGCCAACUCCCACUACAACUCCCGCCUGGGUUCUGCUAUCUUUUCCUCCGGGGAUGAAUUAGGUGAUGAUGAUGAAGAUGCUCCGAUGAUCAGUGGUUUCUCCGAUGAUGUUCCCAUGGUUAUUGCAUAGCAGAACAUCUCUUUUACUACCCCCCUUCCCCCUUCCUGCUCCUUUUGUACCCUUUUCCCCUCCCUGAGCCCCCGGCACUCCCCAUCAGUGGUGCCUGUACAUCGGAGUGUCAGGAUAACAUGUGGAAACUUACCGCCAUCUCAAAUCCAUCAGCUGGAAUCCAUCCACUUGGCAGGAAGCGUAAAGAAAAAUGAGAAUAUCUUAAAAGAUUAAUAUUUUUCAAGGGUACAAUGCACUUUUUUGGAGGCGCAAUAACUUAUUUUUUAUAAUGUUAAAUAUAUGUGUAUGAUGUGGGGCCAGAAAAUGAACUUGAAGGGAAAAAGUAGAAACAGAAGAAAACUGUGAAUGAUUGGAGUUUGUCUGGCGAAUGAAAGACCCAAUCUGGAAUUUAAACUCUGCACGUUCGAGUGGUUUAUUGUUUAAAGCCAAAAUAAGUAAACUGAAAAUAUAUAUAGAGAGAGAGAAAGAGAGAGAGAGACGAAAAAAAACUAGCUUCAGGUCAGUAAAAGGUAAAUGCUUUAGUAGUGCAAUGUGUACUCUUGAAGUAUAUGUUGUACUAUAUAAGCAUGUCCAUAUUUGGUGCCCCAUGUGAGGCAGCUGGAAGAAUUCACUGUGGAUCAUGUUCUGUAUUUGCAGAAGAAUCCGCCAGUACAACCAAACACGUCUGUCACUGUGUACAUAGAGAAACACUUUUCCUUUUAACCACCAGCACACUGUUUUUUGUAGAGUCAAACACAGGCAGGGAUUGGAGAAUAAGCCUGACAUUUGGCCUCCAAGCUUUGCCAAGAUCAUCUUAACUAUUUGUAAAUAUUGGCUUUUUAAGAUCGUCUCCAUGUAAUGCUGUAUGUUAUGUUAUGUAAAAUGUGUUGGUUUUUUUAUCCUUCAGGAUGACAAAUUAUUGUCCCGAGCAUUUUUGCCUUAGCUGUGAUCAUAGAGCAAGUGAGUUCAGGGUUCUCAGGGAAAUGUGUCAGAGUGGACACCAGCGCAGCUUCAUAGUCACUACCACAGCUUUUUCUCAAAUGGACUGAUGAUCAGUUUUUUAGAGAGCUAUGGGUGGCUCAAGCAGCUUUCUGUCACUGAUUAGGUAACAUAGUCAAGACCUUAAUGGUCGUUUGAAUCGUGUUCUGUGGAGAGGUUAUGAGCAGGUAACAUCUCCUGCAGUAGCUCCUUAAAAUGGAUCGUUUGGAACUUUUAAUAUGAGCAGUUUACAGUUGCAGUAUAUAUAGUCAUAUGAAAAUGUUUGGGCACCCCUAUUAAUCUUAAUUAUAUCUAUCUCUAAAUAUUUGGAUGUAUGCCACAGCUGUUUCAGUUUUAUACAACCAAUUACUUAUAGACACAGUAAUAUUUCAGUAUUGAAAUGAGGUUUAUUGGACUUAAAGACGUGCAGUACGCAUUAAAACAAAAUUUGGCAGGUGCAAAAAUAUGGGCACCUCAGCAAAAAAAAGAGACAUUAAUAUUUAGUAGAUCCUCCUUUUGCAAAAAUAACAGCCUUAGUCACUUCUUGGAGCUUUUAAUGAGAUCCUGGAUCCUGGAUGAAGGUAUUUUUGAUCAUUCCUCUUUGCAAAACAAUUCCAGUUCAGUUAAGUUUGAUGGUCGCCCAGCAUGGACAGCCCGCUUCAAAUCAUCCCACAGAUGUUCAAUAAUAUUCAGGUCUGGGGACUGGGAUGGCCAUUCCAGAACAUUGUAAUUGUUCCUCUACAUGAAUACUUGAAUAGAUUUGGAGCGGUGUUUUGGAUCAUUGUCUUGCUGAAAUAUCCAUCCCCACGGUAACUUCAACUUCAUAACUGAUUCUUGAACAUUAUUCUCAAGAAUCUGCUCAUAUUGAGUGGAAUCCAUGCAUCCGUCAACUUUAACAAGAUUUCCAGUUCCGGCAUUGGCCAUGCAGCCCCAAAGCAUGAUGGAACCUCCACCAAAUUUUACAGUGGGUAGCAAGUGUUUUUCUUGGAACGCUGUGUUUUUUUGCCGCCAUGCAUAACGCCUUUUUCUAUGACCAAACAACUCAAUAUUUGUUUCAUCAGUCCACAGGAUCUUAUUCCAAAAUGAAGCUGGCUUGUCCAAAUGUGCUUUUGCAGACCUCAAGCGACUCUGUCUGUGGCGUGCUUGCAGAAAAGGCUUCGGUCACAUCACUCUCCCAAACAGCUUCUCCUUGUGCAAAGUGUGCUGAAUUGUUGAACGAUGCACAGUGACACCAUCUGCAGCAAGAUGAUGCUGCAGGUCUUUGGAGGUGGUCUGUGGGAUGUCCUUCACUGUUCUCACCAUUCGUCUUCUCUGCCUCUCUGAUAUUUUUCUUGGCCUGCCACUUCUGGGCUUAACAAGAACUGUCCCUGUGGUCUUACUAUGUUCCUCACAGUGGAAACUGACACUUUAAAUCUCUGAGAUAACUUUUUGUAUCCUUCUCCUGAACAACUACGUUGAACAAUCUUUGUUUUCAGAUCAUUUGAGAGUUGUUUUGAGGUGCACUCUCAGAGGAGAUUCAGAUUGAAGAGCAACUUGCAACUGGUCACCUUAAAUACCUUUUCUCAUGAUUAGAUACACCUGGCUAAGAAGUUACCAAACCAAUUUUGUGUUUUAGUAAAUCAGUGAAAAGUAGUUAGGAGUAUUCAAAUCAAUAAAAUGAUUGGGGUACCCAAAUUUUUUGCACCUCUCAAAUUUUGUUUUAAUGUACAGUAUAUAACACAUUUUCUGUUAGACCAAUAAACCUCAUUUCAAUACUGAAAAAUAAUUGGUCUCCUCUGACUUUCGCUGUGCUGCUCCAGCCAUCUGCAGAAAUACAACACUGGGUCAGAACCAACCAAUCAGAGCCAGGAGGAGGGGCUUAGAUCUGUCAAUCACUCUCAUGUUCACACUGCUCACACUUUCCCUCUUGCACCCGAUGGAGUCUGCUAUGAAUGCUAUUUAGCGCUACUGAUUACGGCAGUAAGUUGUUUCUCCACCAUUAUCACAUUGAACAUUGUGAACAUAAAACUGGUUCUCAGUACUAAGACCUUCCUCCUGGCUCUGAUUGGUCCUUUCAGACCAAAUGGUGCAUUUCUAAAUGACACUAGGACCGCAGGGAGCAGGCAGAGGAGUUUAGAUUUUUUUUCACAGAUUAUCUGUCUCAUACUGUCACAACAUGGUGACACUUCUAACAAAUAUUUAAAAGACAUUUAUAAAACUUACAUACUGUAGCUUUUAUAAUGCUGAUAAGUGCUUAAUGAGUUGGUAUUGGAUACUAAAGCUAACGGUUAGUCAAGCAUUGGCUCAUCCUGAGAUAGCCUAAGUCUCAAAAAUAUAGUUUUUCAUUCAUUAUAAACCUUUAAAACUUCAGAGUAAUAAUUUAACUAUCAAUAACAUAGAGUACACCUAAUCUGCCAUGUGACUUUUACUUUGCUUUUUUAAUAGUCAAUUGAACUGGUAUUGAUUUACAUGUUCUUUACUCAGUCUGAUUCACCCUGGAAGAUAAGAGGUGGUGCACUUCUUCCUACCUCAGUAUCCUGUGUAAAUAAUCAGCAUGUUCAUAGUAAAUAAUAGACUGAUGCAAAUAUAAGUUUCAUAGUGCUCACUUCUAUGACAUGUGAAGACAGUAGAUAUCCUGUCAUCAGAACCAAGUAACCUGGACUGAUAGUAAAUGAAAACAGCAAGAGAGUUAGCUAUGGCACAUAAAAUAGUUCUGGCUCACUGUCUUCUACCAGGACUUCACCAGAGUUUGGGUAAGAUGUAAGAUGUUUUGACUGCCUCUGUGUGCUAAUGUCAAGUUAGAGCAGGACUCGCAUCAAAGCGCAGUGCUGUUAUGUUAAACAUGUCAAGUCUCAGAAAUGGUAUAGUCAUGCUAACUAUUCAUAACCUGUCCACACAACACUUAGAUAAACAGUUGAAUGUUCUAUUUAACUCCAUCCAGACUUCAACUUCAUCAGAGCCAUCAAAGGAUUCAAAUCAUUGAGAUCAAAACAUUCUGCCUCUCUAUUGCCUCAUCUCCACUGUGCUCAGUGUUCUGUAUGGAACAGUUUGAUGUCUGUUUUCAUUAUAAAAGCAUCCCCGUACCCCACCAUGUACAACGGUACAGUACAGUACAGGGUGGAGCUGCCAGCUUCACAUAUCACAGUCCAUUUACUGGAGGACAAGAAAACUAUCACUGCUUCCAACAAUCACGAGACGUACUACUGAGUCACAUUUGCCAUUGCACAAUUCUGAUUCAAUAUUAGGCAUUUGGGUUUAAGUCUACCUGCCCAUUGAGGGUCUAAUUGGUGAAAAUGCUGUUCUGAAUACGCCGGACCAUGAAACAGCAUAACAAACUACACCGACCCAGGGCAUACCACUUAGUGGAGACGAGGUGGUUCUGUCUAGUCAACAAUCUGCUGUUGUUGAUUGUUCAGAGAUGGCUUUCAUUUGUCUGUGUGAACAGAAUACCUGUAAACAAGUUUACAUCAAGAAUAAGAAAGAAAAAAAGAAAACACGCCAGUGUUCAUCUCUACACCACACCUCCAGCUCCUCCACACUGUUUGCUGAUGUUUGUUGUUUUGCCUUCGGGCCUGAGCCGUUUGAGAUUUGUGGUGUCCUGCUUUCUUUCAUUCAUGAAGUCUUCAUAAAUGUAUUUUUAAAUAAGUUCUUUCCAAAGUAUCAACCCAGCUCGCUAUGCUAAUGUCGCCACCUGUCUUUGCUUAAGAAGUUGAGCUGGCAGCCUUUAUGUCUGCAGAGUAGUUGCUCUGUAAAACUCCACCUGUGAAUAUAGAAUGUCCAUUCACUAGUUCAGAACCGUUUGGUUCCUCUUGACAUCAGCGCUCAGUUGUGACAUUAAUUCAGGGUUCCAAUGCAGUCUGGAAUUUUAGUUCACCAAUUUCCAGAAGUAUGGCAAAAGAGAAUAUGGAAAAAUAUUUGUAUGUCUAAGCUCUUGUAUUGUUUGUUCUGACAUUGGUCUUAUUUUUGUCUAUUCUUCCAUUUCUUACUCCAUUAUGACUCUUCGUGGUUCAUCCCAUUGUUGUUCUUUGUGCUCUUACUUCUUUCACCCUUUGUCUUUCUUUUCAUCCUUGCAUCCUACUUCCAGUACUCUAUAAACAUCCACCAAAAAUUCAUAAACUUUACUAUUUCCUAUUUUAAAAUGAGCAGAAAGGAUUGUGAUCAGGGCUGGCCCAAGGCAAAGCAAACUAAGCAGCUGCUUAGGGCCCCAUGGGGGCUACAAAAAAUCCUAUAUUAUACAUGCAUAGGAUAUAAUGUAAACAGCACCAUCAGGGACGCAAUAAGUUUAUAGCAGGUGUGUGAACGAUCUAAUAUUCUAACUGUUGAUUCCAGAAAUCUACAUUGUUAGCCAAAAUAGAGGGCCCCAAAACCAAAUUUUGCUUAGGGCCCCAUGGAGGCUUGGGCCGGCCCUGAUUGUGAAGUUAAGGCUGAAAAAGAAUGGAGACUUUCCAUGAGAAGUUUUGGAACCUGCCUCUUUUCAGAACCUCAGUUUGAGUUAUGCUGAUAUAUUCUGUUCUGUUGUUUGGCCUUAAAACAGUUUUCUGGUACUGAUGUUCCUGUUUGAUGUUCUUUUUUGCCACAUAAUGCCUUAUCACAACACAAUGGAUGGUUAUGUGAUGUCAUGUUUGUAUUAUAGGAACACAAGUGCACAUGCAUGCACACAUUGCCACACACUCACUCAAGCAGUACGAAGUAGCAGUAUGAAAGACGGAGGAAACAGCUGAUGACGUAAUCGAGCCCAUCAGAGUGUUUGUAGUCGGGUUUUCCGCCUGUGCAGAACAUAAAUAUUGGUGGUCAUGUGACUGUUUCCUUCCCACCUGUCUUAACAUUAACUCUUGUCAAAUAGUUUGCCUCACAUCAUUUGACGUGGAGUUGAAUCAUAUUUGAUAAUGUUCAUGUUGCUUGCUUGUAUUACAGAUUGCAAGAAAAAGAGAAGUUUAGAGAAAUAACGUGAGGUGUUUUAAACAACCACUUAUACUGAAAUAAACUGGCUGAAAACUAAAUAUUUGUCCAGUAGUCUGAAGGUACCAGAGCUGAGAUGUUGACUUUUUCCCCCCUCUUAAAUCCUUUCUGCAUCAGUGAGAAACUACUCCACUGAUUCUGACCAUCAGCCAGCAAAAUAUAGACUGUAAACAAUAUUAAACUUUCUGUUUAGGCUGCCUAUUCCCUUUGUUUCAGCAAUGCAUUAGCAUUUACUAAUUUAGGCUAAAAUAAUGUUAUUUUUCAUCAUUCUGAGCUGUUAAAAAAUAAAUAAGUUUGAACAUAGAA